CGCCCCGGGCGGCGGAGCGGCGCUCUCGGCGGCGGGGUGCUCUGUGACCGGGUGCUCCCAGCGGCGGGAGUGCUCCCAGUGGCCGUCAGUGACCAGGGUGCUCUCAGUGACCGAGCACGGUGCUCUCAAUAGCCAUGUUGCGCUGUUUUGACUGUAACACAGCGGCGGACGACGCUCGAACGCUGGUGGAAAAUGGAACCUGGACGAGCAGCUCGGGCCCUGCAUCUUUGCAGCAAACCGUCGUCACUGAAGAAAGAUCCAUGUUGAGCACCGAGUACCGGCUCAAGUUCCAGGACUUCAGCGGCGGCUCUGCGCCGCCGUCCGACGCCAGCUGCCCGGAUGGCGGCGUUCGCGGCCUGGGCAGGGCCAAGACCUGGUACUCGGAUCUCCUCGAGUCGCGCCGCAAGGCCGUCACCUAUAAGGUUCGAGGAUGGGGUAAGGAGUCGGCGCCUUCCCACCUGGUAUAUCUAUACGACCAGGCAGAGGACCCCAGCCGGCCGCCCGAGAAGAAAAUCAUCUCGGCGCUCUACCUGGAGACGCUCCAGCCAGGAUUAUCCCGCGGCCGGACGCCGGUGCCGGACCGGAGUCGGGCCGGCACCGCCGACAGCACUGACGGCCGCGGCCGGACCGCCGCCGCAGUUAGCCGGCCUCUGCCGCCGCCCGCCGCCGCCGCCGCCGCCGCCAGAAAGGCCUCCGCCAAGGCCGCGAUGAAACUGCCCAUCAACGAGAGGAAGCCCCGUCCCGGCAACGCGCAUCGGGUCAGAGCUAAAACGCCAGGUGAUGAGGUGGACGGGGUGUCGGGCCGCAGCCCAUCCGGAGCCCGGCCGCCGGCGGCGCCGCCUCGGCGCAAGUCGCCGGGUCCGCGGCCGGGCGGCCCGCUGAGGGUGGCCGCCGGGCCGGAGCCCUCGGCCGACGGCCAGGAGCGCGGCCGGCCCGUAGCCGUUAGACGACCCCCGGCCGGCGAGAGGCCCCCGACUGCCGCCGCCGCCGGAGGGGCGCCAGCCGAGAGCCCGGCGGCGGCGCGCGAGGCGCUGGCCGCCCUGAUGAAGAGUCCGCCAGAGCCGACCCGGGUCAGGUCACCGGAGACGUCUGCGGCGCUGCGGUCGCCCGAGGCGGUCAACUGGACGCUGCCGCUGGACACCGCGCGCGCCUUCACCGUGACCCAGAACGUCGGCGGCGGUCAGUCGCGGUCGGCCCGGCCGCGCAGCUCCCACUCCACGUCGUCGGGGCAGAGUCAGAUUAGCCCGCUGCACCGCCAGCUGCUCACAGAGGCGAUGGCGGCCCGCGCCGAGCCGCCGCCGCCCGCCCUGUACGACGGACACGGCUCGCCCACGCCGCCGCUCGUCCGGCCCGCCGACGCGCCGCCUGCCGGCGACUCAGGGCAGCAGAACUUCACCGACCGGCCGCCAGGGGCGCGGCUGUUCAGCGCCGGCUCCGCGGCGCCGGCGAAGGCAGCUGUGGUAGAGAUGUCGGGGGCCGGGAAACCGGCCGUCCCGGUCAGAGCAGACGGCCGGGAGGCGCCGCAGUACCACGUGAUCUAGGCCCGUCCAGACAGCUGAGCCACUCCCAACUUCCCCACCGCCAGACAUGGAAACCCGGCAGAAGCCCCGCAGGGGGCUCGCUCCGAACUAGGAUGUAAGCCAAAGCCCGCUCAAUUUCCUCCAGAGAGCAUCUCAGCACACUACUGCGGACUCCUUUCUGCCGCCCUUCUAGACAGCUGCACCGACCGUCCGAACUCUGCCGUAGGUUUGCGCGCCGUCUGUAGCCCCGUUCGCCGUCGAGUCUCCGGCGGGACGGGGUAGGCGCGGCCGUUCCUGCCGGUCUGUAGCGGCAGUGGAGCGCGCUCUCAUCGCCAGAUUAGCUCGGCGCCCGGCUGCUGAGGACGGCUGCUCUGUUCCCGCCUGAUUGGAAGGCUGUGCACUGAUUAUUACGAUCCGUAUGUGUGUGUGUGUGUGAGCCCCUGCCGUACAUUCCAGGUUUAUAUUACUUAGCUUACGAUAGCGCGGAGGCUUUAGCAGCUUGUUCGCUUCUGGCGCGGCGGCUCAAUGUGAGGCGGCGCGGUGCCGGGAGGGGCGGAGGGGAGAGGUGGCUGACGUGUCCACCAUCAGGUACUUGGUCCUUCCAGCAGCGCCGCGGUGCGCCGGCCCAGGUGCUCCGGCGGAUGCGGGGCCCUAUGGCCGGCGGUGUGGGGCUCCGCCGCCGCUCAGUGGCUGUCGGGCGAGUCUGUUCGCCGCCGGCGCCACCCCGGGGGGAUCGAAUCGGGCCCGGCCGGGCAGCGCUGUGUUGUCAGCUAAUAAACCAGGCGUAUC